AGAUGUAAACCCCUCCCCUUUCUUUAGACUCGCUUUAGAAGUGAAAUCUCCUCCAAAGAGCUUGGAAUAUCUCACGUCUGAAGAAACCAUAGAACUAUAUAGGAACUACAGAGAGGCAAAGAAUGGGCACCACAACCCAACCCGACAUCAGCUAUAAGUAUCGUUAGUAGAGAGGAAGAGGCCUUUAUUUCUUUUACAUUGGAGGAAGAAGAGGGAGUGGAUGCACUGUAGACAUGGAAGGAAAACGAUGUAGAGUCGACGGAGGGGUGAAAUGGGAGUAUGCAGGAGUGUGAAAGAGCUGGAGGAACUAGUUGUAUUAAGUAGGUGUUGAGAGGCAGAGGUGUACUGGCGGACAUACACAAAUCAACGACGACCCUUCUGGUGGAGGUAGGAAGCUGGGGAAAAAGUGAUGGAUUGUGGGGAGAGUAUCCUGUGUGGGUCCGCGGAGCUGGAUCUUGACCCAGACGUUGUGAGUGAAGAGGCCGGGAGGCUGUACUCGGAGCUACAGACCGUCAUAGAGACUCAUGGCGCAGGGGUUGUGGAGUCCCUGGUGCCCAUCCUAGUCUGGAUCCUGGAGGGACUGGCCAGCUGCAGAGCCCAGCUCCGAGAGAGGGAGGAGGAGGCCGAGAGGGACAAAGAAGAGAGAGAGGAGCUGUUUGAGCGAUACCAGAGUGAGAAACUACUGAGGAGAGAGAGCCAGGAGCGGUAUCUGGAGUUAGAUGACCAGAUUGAACAGGAGCGAAGGACAAUCAGGGGACGAGAGAAGGAGAGAGAGAGGAGAGAGAAAGAACUGGAGAAGAAGGCCAGAGAGCAGGCUGACCAAUUGGUGGCCUUGGAGGAGCAGAGGACCUGCCUGGGCAGAGAGCUCAACACACUGAAGCACACUCACAACAAGUUGGUGUUGAGUUAUAAGGAUCUGCUGGAUAGAAAAAAGGAAUUGGAGAGAGAGGGAUCUCCAUUAAGAAAUCAUGUAACAUCCAAUAAUUCUGGAGGUCUGCUGACCCCGGCACUGUCCUGUGUCAAGAGGAUGGAGCAAACUCAUCUAAGGCAAGAAACGCCACCUGAUUCUGCCCUGUUGGAACGAUCAGUAACCAGUGACAGUAGGGUGAUUGACAUUGUCUUAAAGCCAGACAGAGAUCCGUCCUUCAUCAAUGACAUCAUAAGCUCCACCCCCGAGCUGGCACAGUUUCAUGGCCUCGUCGAGGCCAGCACACCGGUCAGAGCAGACCCCAAAGAGCCAAUCGGAGAGGAUCCCAACACCAGCCUGGAGAAAGAAAUAAAAGAGGAGGAGGAGAAGGAGGGAGAAAAGGAGAACGAUGAGGAGGAUAUGGAUAUUCUGGAACUGGAGCUUAGGAACACAGAGUCUGUGUUUUCAGAGCUGUCAGAUCUUAGUCCGGAAUAUGUGGAAAGUGUGGACCAAGGGGCCACUGUCCGAGGCAGUGCAGAUCAGGUUGAGCAGAUUCUUUCUCAGUAUGGGGAACUGAAACACACCCAUGAGUUAGUGGAUGCAGCCCGGAAAGCCCUGAUAUCUCGCGUUGAAGAGCUGACCAAUGAGAGGUCAGCUCUUAAAUUGGAGCUGACCUCCUGCCAGGAGUCCAUCACCCGAUUUGAAGGGAGGAUGAAGGAGGUGGAGGAGGAGACCAAGAGACUUCGGAAAGAACUGGAAGCAAAUCAAUCAGACGAGGAUUCGUCUCUACGCCGGUUCUCUCGGUCAGAGAUGGCUCGCGUUGUCAUGGAGAGGAACCAAUACAAGGAGCGUCUGUUCGAGCUGCAAGAAGCUGUGAGACGCAGUCAGACCAUCCGGGCCGCCCAAGAAGAGAGGGUCACAGAGCGGGAGAGGACUAGUGUGUGGAAAAGGUUCAACCGUUUGUUUGGCCUGAACAAGGACCCGUUGGUUGCUUCUGGUUCUCUAGCUCCGGCCCUGCCCACAUCACCCUCCCUCGCUAACUCACCAUUGGGGUCUCCACGGAAACAAACUGUCAGUCGCACUGUGACAGAGGGUGCCUCUCCAGCUGCAGGUCUGUCUCCGCGGGAUAGGAGGAGGGAGUUGUACAGAGAAAUCCGCUCACAUGUCUGGGGGGUCCUAGGAAAACGACAGAUCCACGGCUGGAGCAUGCCGCUGUCACACACACAGGAGUCCUCAGAGCCGACCCCUGAGCCCAAAGAUGUGCCGAUCCUGGUGCAGCUUAGACUGCUGGACCAGAGGGAUGCUACAGCUAAGCUGAACUGUGCUGUGGCUGUCACACCUGAAAUAUCAGGCGAGACAACGUGUGCAGUGUGGGCAGUCUCUGGCCCCGCCUCCAGUAGUGAUAUCACAGUAAUUGACCCUGCACGGUCCAAUACGGUGCUUGAUCAGUUCAGUCUCCCGCCUACCUCACCUGCCCUCUGCAUCUGUGCAGUGCCUCCUACUGGUGAGACCUCAGGAACGGUGUGGAUUGGAACUCAGGAAGGAAGUGUGUUGGUCCACUCUGCGUCCACUGCUAGAAGGCGCUGUCUGCAAUCGGUCUCUCUUUCUGAAGGCGUCCACUCUCUCACGUAUUCGCAGGGUCAAGUCAUUGCUGGGUUAGCCAAUGGGACACUUGCAUUCUUCUCACACCACCCAGGUAAUGGCUGGGAUCUCCAGUCACAUGAUGUUCUGCCUCUGGAACCAACCCCACUGCAGCCCAUUCGCUGUUGCCUAGCAAAGGGAGCAGGCUUAUGGGUAGGAUACUGGAAUUGCGUACAUGUGGUUGAUUUGGAGAAUCGCAAAGUAAAGCAAACGAUCAACGUCUCAGAGCGCUGUGAACAGCAGGUGCGCUUCAUGUGUGCGGCAGGCAGUGGCGUGUGGACGUCGUGCCGGCUUGACCCCACACUCAGGCUUUUUGACUGGUCCACUGGCCGGCCACUGCAGGAAGUAGAUUUGACCCCUCUGGUCACCAAAACACUGGGCCCCGCCUUCCUGUCUCUCUCCCCGCUGCAAAUCUCCUCCUUCGCUAUCAUCUCUGGUCGGCUGUGGGUUGGAACAGGAAGUGGAGCAAUCUUUUCUAUCCCUGUGUCUCUCAGUUCAGAGUCAGCCUCUAUCCCUUACUGCUCUCUGGCUACAGCCCAACUGUGUAACCAUGGACACCGCCAGGCCGUCAAGGUCAUUAUCGCCGCCCCUGGCUGUGUAACCAGCUCCUCUACAUCUGGAGGGGGUUCUGCCACUCUAGUCUCUACCUCUAUGCUCAUCCUUAGUGGAGGAGAAGGUUACAUCAACUUCCGCAUUGGGGACGACACGAAUGAUGGAGCUCUCGAUGCUGCUCCGCUGCGAUCAGAACGCAGUCACAUGAUUAUCUGGCAGAGUCCCACCCCAUCUUUGCCCACCUCCGCUUUCUGAUGGAUUUGACCGAGGUGUCAUGAAGGAGGCCAGGAAAUAUUUUGUACGUGGGGAUACGUUAACUGCCUUUCAUUGGGAUGUUCUCCUAUUCAUUUGGGGUGAAAAUGGAAGACAUCGUUGCCUUAUUCGUCACACUCUGAUAUCUCCCAUGGUUAAACCCAUGUCCUCUCUGUGAUAAUCCUUUAUCAUCUAGCAGUUGGUUUUUUUUGGUUGCAGUUAUCUGUUUUUGGUUUGGCAUUUGUGUUUUACAGGUUUAGUUUUUUCCAUAAACCAUGCACAGCUAGUUCCAUAUCAUGUAUAUUAUUUAAUGAUGUUGGCCGACCUCCAAAGGUCAUUACACAUUUGAUCAAACUUGUUUACAUUGAUCGCUACAUUGAUACUGAAGAUUUGGUGUUGAAGCUGCUUUGUCCAGGUGUGUGUUCUAAUACAGAACUCUGUACUUCCCUGGGUUUAUUCAGUAAGUUUGGGUUUCUAAUAAAGAACCCUGUACGUCCCUGGGUUUAUUCAUUUAGAUUGGGUUCCUAAUACAGAACCUUGUACGUCCCUGGGUUUAUUCAGUUAGAUUGGGUUCCUAAUACAGAACUCUGUACGUCCCUGGGUUUAUUCAGUUCGAUUGGGUUCCUAAUACAGAACCUUGUACGUCCCUGGGUUUAUUCAGUUAGAUUGGGUUCCUAAUACAGAACUCUGUACGUCUCUGGGUUUAUUCAGUUCGAUUGGGUUCCUAAUACAGAACUCUACUUCCCUGGGUUUAUUCAGUAGGAUUCUGCAACAGUGAACACUGAAUAUGAUCCUGGCCUUCAGUUCCAAUUGUGUGCAGUUAAAGCUGCAUCAACAAUGUACUUUAUUACCAUCAUCUCCAUGCAACUUUGUGUGUUUGUGUGUGUGAUUUUUCAAAUCCAUAGAUUAAAAAAAGCCAGUAUUCUACCCAGAGAAAGUAUCAUAUGUCAUUACAUAUUUUUAAAACAUGUGGUUUGUUUUAUUUUUGUUUUAAGUGUUCUUCAGUUGUUCUUUGCAUAAUGAUACAAGAAUGGAAUAGUCAGCCGAUACCUUUUUCUUUUAUGGAGUAUUUGAAAGUAUAUUUGUGUGUGAAUCAUGUCUGAAAAUGUUAAUCAUAACUGGACUUGUUUUCUCCUAUAUGAAAGACAAUCAAUGUAUCUACCUAAAUAUAUGAACAUUAUUUUUGUAAAUAUAUUUUCAUUAAAACUUUA